AUGGAGGUCAUUCGGCCCGCGAAUGCAACCGCUAGCAACAUCCUCACCGAUCUGAAAUCCCUUUCGCAUACUCUCGAGUUCACGGUGUUCAUGAAACCCAGUGAUUAUGCCCGGGCUGGAUCCAAGUGCGUUUCUGACCACCUGCAAAAUGAUGCACUCAACCCGCUCGGUCUUGUUCUUGCCGCCAAAGUUGGCGCCAGUUACGUACCUCUCGACUGGAGCCGCUGCGAGCUGUUUGGGACUGGCGCGGUCAUCACUCGCGUCCAUCUCGAGCACAGCCUCGCGCUAUGGACCGCCCAAGCCUGCACUGUCGAUCCCGCCGUCUACCGCCACCCGCGCCUGUACCCCGCUCUCCGCGCCGCUCCCGCCUGCUGA